UUUCCUCAAAUGAAAGUGAAAGUUGGUCUGAGUGACAGCACAGCUGCAGUCGAGACAAGUCUCUCUGUUUCUCUCUAAAGAAACAUUCAGCUGAAUCCAUCAGGUUUUUCUCAACAAAACAGCAGAAGCUCUGCCAAACACUGAGUGUAGAUAUGUCUGCUGCCAGCUGUCUGCUGACUGAAGAUCAGUUUCUGUGCUCCAUCUGUCUGGAUGUGUUUACUGAUCCAGUCGCCAUACCAUGUGGACACAACUUCUGUAAAACCUGCAUCACUGAACACUGGAAUAUUAAUGUCCCGUGUCAGUGUCCCAACUGUAAAGAGGUUUUCAACACACGACCUGAGCUGCGGGUCAAUACCUUCAUCUCUGAGAUGGCUGCUCAGUUCAGACAGUCAGCUCAACAGAAAGCCAGCAGCAGCAGCUCAGAGCAACACGUUGCCAAACCAGGAGAAGUUCCCUGUGACGUCUGCACUGGAACCAAACUGAAGGCCCUGAAGUCCUGCCUGGUGUGUCUGGCCUCCUACUGUGAGACUCACCUGGAGCCUCAUCUGACAGCUUCACGUCUGAAAAGACAUCAGCUGAUCGACCCCGUGGAGAACCUGGAAGGCAGGAUGUGUACGAAGCACGAUAAACUGCUGGAGCUGUUCUGUAAGACCGACCAGACGUGUGUCUGCAUGCUCUGCACUGUUUCAGACCACAAGACACAUGAUGUUGUUCCUCUGAAAGAAGAAUAUGAAGAAAAGAAGGCCGAGCUGGAGAAGACAGAGGCUGAAACUCAGCAGCUGAUCCACAAGAGACGACUGAAGAUUCAGGAGAUCAAACGCUCAGUGGAGCUCAGUAAGGAAGAUGCAGACAGAGAGAUAGCAGGUGGUGUUCAGGUCUUCACCGCUCUAAAGGAGUCUGUUGAGAGAAGCCAGGCCGAGCUCAUCGACACGAUCAGAGAGAAGCAGAUAAAGACAGAGAAACAGGCUAAAGGCUUCAUCCAAGAGCUGGAACAGGAAAUCUCUGAGCUGAAGAAGAGAAGCUCUGAGCUGGAGCAGCUCUCACGCUCUGAAGACCACCUCCAACUCCUCCAAAGCCUCCCGUCCCUGAACGGUGCUCCACCCACCAUGGAUUGGACAGAAGUCAGUGUCUGUCCACCUUCAUAUGAGGGGACUGUGGUGAGAGCUGUGGCUCAGCUGGAGGUGACGCUUAGUAAACAGAUGCGGAAGCUGUUUGAGGCCGAGCUGAAGAGGGUCCAGCAGUACGCAGUGGCUGUGACACUCAAUCCUGAUACAGCACAUCCUGAACUCAUCCUGUCUGAUGAUGGAAAACAAGUUAAACACGGUGAUGUAAAGAAGAAUCUCCCAGACAACCCAGAGAGAUUUGAUACUUGUGUUAAUGUCUUAGCAAAGCAGAGUUUCUCUUCAGGAAGAUUUUAUUACGAGGUUCAGGUUAAAGGGAAGCCUAAGUGGACUUUAGGAGUAGCCAGACAGUCGAUAAACAGGAAGGGACAAAUUACACUGAAUCCUCAGAAUGGUUACUGGAUGAUAUGUUUGAGGAAUGACAAUGAGUAUAAUGCUUGUACUGACCCUUCAGUCCGUCUCUCUCUGAAGUCUCAGCCUGAGACGGUGGGGGUGUUUGUGGAUUAUGAGGAGGGUCUGGUCUCCUUUUAUGACAUUGAUGCUACAGCUCUUAUCUGCUCCCUUACUGGCUGCUGCUUCACUGAGAAACUCUACCCAUACUUUGGUCCUUGUAUUAAGGCUGGUGGUAAAAACUCUGCCCCUCUGAUCAUCUCUGCUGUGAAUCACACUGAGUAGAACAAACAUUUGAUUUUCUACAGAAAGAUUCACUAUCAUUUACUGUGAUAAAUGUAUAUGUAUUGAUGAUGUACGGUGUAUACACUGGUUGUUUUUUUCAGAUUCUGAUCAAUGCAGGUUUUUCUGUAAAUGUUUUUCUUUGAUGUGCCACAUUGCUACUUAUUACCACAACACACCAAUUUUACUACACUGAUUGAUAUUAUCUAAUGUAGUCUACUUUAUUCUCAUAACUGCAUUACCUGCCUUCAACACUAUUCAGAAAUAAAAUGUCUUUGCACGCUUUUUAAAUGUCUAGCUGACAAAUUCAAAAGCUUUAAUUUUGUGAUCAUUGUAUAUAUAACUGUUGCAUACUGGCACAAAUGACAAGAUCAUCAUAUGAUUGCACUAUUUGAGCAUUUUACGGUUAUUUUAGACAAAAUGUGUAUAUCAAGAUAUAUAUCUUAUAUUGCGGCACAGCCUAAAAAUAUCGAGAUAUUAUUUGUAAGCCAUAUUGUCCAGCCCUCCCCACACCCAGGGGAUAAAUGAUUCACCAAAACCAAAUUUCUUCAGUGUAGAAAAUAAAAAUUUAACAAAUGCCUUUUCUGCAUCCAAUGAGACUAUGGCUGUUGGUAAAUUUGUGUGAGAUGUGUAAUGGAUUAAGUUAAAUAGUCUGUGUAGGUUAUUAGAUGAGUGUCUUCCUUUAAUAAAGCCAGUUUGGUCUGAGUGGAUGAUAGAUGGAGAAACUGUUUCGAUUCGUGAUGCUAAGGCUUAGUUAUGUAUUUUUGUGUCUGUGUUGAUGAGAGAUAAGGGCGAUAGCUUGAUGGGGAGGUGGGGUCUUCAUCGUGUUUCAGUAAAAGAGAGAUCGCAGCAGUGUUCAUGUCUAUGGGAAGUUUGGAUUUUUGUUUUAUUUCAGCUAAUCUGUGGAAAACAGGAGCUGGAGUAUUUUAAAAGUGUUUGCAGAACUCAGCAGCCAUCAGGUCCUGGUGAUUUAUUGUUAGGCAUGAGUUUGAAUGCAUUGUGGAAAUCUGUUAUUGUAUACGGUUCCUCAAGUGCAUUUGCUUAGUCUUCAGUAAGUUGUGGUAUAUCAGUUUUGCUUAGGAAUGUGUCAGUGUCUUCUUGGCUUGGUUUAUGUAUUGAUGAGUAUAGGCUGGUAUAAAUAUCUUGGAAGGACGCCCCUUCCUUUCCUCAGGUGUUUGCUGAGUGCAUAAUCAUUGGAAUUGUUCUUUUUUUCUUUGUUUCGCUUGAUUUGAUGUUUUCCAGAUUUAUUCAAGUAUUCAAAAUGUUCGUGUCUGAGUCUGUGUAGGAGGCAAGGGCGAAACUUUGGGUUGAACAUUGGGGGGGGUUGAGAUCUCCACUCAUGUAGGGGGUCCAGGGACAUGCCCCCCCAGGAGAAUUUGUUUUUGCAAAUAGGCUUUUAAAUGUCUGUUUCACAUUCAUUUUAAGGGGAAGAGACAUACCAAAACAACAUGCACUACAUAUCCCAACUUUCACUUUGUAUAAAAGCACCAAAUUUGUAACGCUUCACUUUGUUGUUCCAGUAUUAGUAAAAUGGAUAUUUAUCACUUCCUCAACAUGUCUUCAGCCAUGUGAUAGUUCUGCCACAAUUUAACUGUACUUAAUCCCUAUUAUUCUGUGGUAACUAUUGCAGCAUUGUUGGCUAUCAAGACCCUGGCAGCUGUCACACCCACCGCUUAUUUGCAUGAUUUCGUAUCCAUAUAAAAAACAGUCUUGAAGCUCUAAAGAUUUUUGUUUAAGUAACUUUCUUGACUGUUUGGAUUUGUGUAUUCAUAACUGUGUCCUUGCCUGCCGUCACCCUGUCUCUGACUGUGAGGAAACCACAUGGUCCAGAAAAAAAAGUUAGACAACUCUUACAUGUGUGAGUGAGGAAAAAAAUACAGGUUUCUGAUGUGAUGUGAAAUGGUUAAGAAAUCAAGAUCAACUGACUGAGCUCAACUGACUGAUGGUGGGAUUGUUCUGGGGUCUGUAAAAGGAGUUUUAUAGCCUAUUCAGUUUUAUUUAUAUAGCGCCAAAUCAUAAAAGAAGUUAAACUUUAAACCUACUGACCCAAUAUACAGUAUGUUUUUGCAUAUCUACCACUCAACUGUUUCGCUGUCAUUUUGUAGUAGAGUUGAAGGAUUCCCAUGAUUUUAAAUUGAUUACUUCCUGAAUUUUUCCCAGGAAAAUUGAAAUUUGAUUUCAACUACAGAACUGUGGAAAAUAAGUGAUAUAAUGAUGUUUAUUCUAAUUGUCUGAUGUUUUUCUCUCAUACUGAUUAGUGGCAGUAGAACAGCAAUUCCUUUUUAAACGUACUAUCUUUGAGGUGGAAAAAACACACCAUCUGAUUUUCUGCUGAAAAUAAAAACUUCCAUGCAGCUCUGACAGAGCUCAGGACUCCUGAGGACG